AUGGGCGACUUUAUCAAGAGCGGUAUCGGCGGCGAGGUGACCGAUAGGGCAUUGGCCUCGAUCGGGUCGUCCAAGCCGCUCUGGCGCCUGCUCCCGCUCCCACUGUCGCAGGUGAACGCGCAGGCGGCGACGAAAGCGACGUCGACGUACGGCCGCGCCAACAGCCUGCAGUCAUGCUGUUUGACAGUCAUAUCGCGCGGGUUCGACGAGUACGACCCGGGCCUGCUCGCCCGGCUGCCGCCCCGGCUCGUGCAGCGCGUCAUGGCCCGCGUCGCCUCUGAUCGUGGGUACCGCGCCGACUCGGCCGUGUCCGAGCGCCGGCCGGACGAGGCGACGAUCUGGGCGUUCGGCGCGCUCGCGGACCCGGAGGGCGCGCGCGACGCGGCGCCGAGCCACACGCUCGCCCUCCCGCCGCUCUACUCGCUCCUCCAGAUGCCGCGCAACGAGCUGCUCGUCGGCGACGAGGACUACCCGCUCACGGCCGUGCCCAAGCUCUACGCCUCGCUCCACCCCCAGCCAAGCGUUCGAUUCCUCACGACGCUGACCCUCACGGGCAUGGACGGCAUUGUCAACGAUGCGACAGUCCAGAGCCUCAAGUGGCUCACGCACCUCACCGUGCUGUGGAUGCGGGGCUGCACGCGAGUCACGGACGAGGGGAUCAAGCAGUUGACUUGGUCGCUCGUGCUGCCUGGCGUCGGGGACGAGAGUGAGGGCAGGGGCUUGUGGCGCCUGCGUGCGUGGUACCUGCCUGGGUGUACUGGCGUAUCGGACCGCGCCAUGGCGAGCUUUGCCAAGUGGCCAGGGCUGUCAUUGCUAGAUGUGCGGAAUACGUCAGUAACAGAGGAAAUCGGCAGCGACAUAUUCAACCGCCAGAACCAGGGCGUGUUUGGCGGGCUCCAGCCGGACAUGUCGAACUGUACCGACGGCUUACGGGGGCUGUUCACCACCGAGCCGCCAGAUACCGUGGUCUCCAAGCUCGCACGCACGCUGCUCAAGCCUGACCUACCGGAUGCCGGCCAUGGAAAGCGCCACCUAGCUCUGCACCUCAUCCCCACAGUCCAGUUUCCCGAGCAGAGGUGGUUGCACAACCCGUCCGAGGAGCGACCCCAGAUCAAGGCGUUCUCAAGUACGAGCGCAUACCGUGGCGACGGCGUCGGUAUGGUGUACGGCAAAGGCGCGAGUCUGAUCGCCGACGAGGAGAGGGACUACCGCGCGCGCGUCAGGACGGCAUUCGAGCUUCAGGCCAAGGACGACGAGGACGACCGCAAGGCAGCCGCGGGCGAGGCUUACAUCCCGUGGCAGAUCCAGGAGGCGAUCGACAGAGAAUUGUUCUGGCACCAGCACAAGGUGGACGAGAAGGCGAGGAAGAAGAAACUGAAGGAGGACAUCAAGGCGGGGCGCACCGGGCCAGAGUAUAAGAGCCAUAGCCUCGCCGGCGGGGUCUUUUACGAAGACGACGGCGCGGACGCCCGGUCGCGCAGCUUCGUCGCGGGCGGCAAGCGGCGUGCUCCUGCCGCCAAGGAGGAGGAUGUAGACGACGGGACGGGCGAGGACAGCCUGAUGCUCGUGCGCAUGGUCCACCCGCAGUGGGCGCGGCUGGCCCACACGUCGGCGCGCGACGGGCCGGCGUUCGCCAUGGGCAACGUCAAGCUCGCGGCGCGCAAGGCCAAGGUCGCGGUGGACCUGUCGCUCGGCAUCGAGCUGCCGAGUUCGCAGCCGAGCCAGAGCCAGCGGUGGGCUCCGUCGCAGGCGAGCUCGAGCCCUAUGCGUUCGUCCCCGCCCCCCGAGACCGCGCCGACUCCGCGAACACAUAACCCUUUCAAGGCGAAGGCAGCGGUCGCCAACGCCUUGGGUGUGCGCCCGCUGCGUGCUACGCUGUCUGGCGGUGUCGCGGCCGACGAGGUCAAGCGCGAGCCUGGGGUCGCAGUGAGGCGCGACCCGCUCGCCGAUAUCAAGCUGCCUCCAAGGUCCACGCCGAGUGUGAAGGCCGAGCCGACAAGUCCAGCGAGGGCCAAGCCAGCGGCUACCAAGCCAUUACCCAAAUCGAUCACGACGCCAUUACCGAAGCCAACAGCAAAGCCGGCCCCGAAGACCGCACCAAAGCCAGCCCCAACCAAGGCCCCCAAACCCGACAUCCGCAGCUUCUUCGCGGCCAAGCCUGCCCCUGCUCCCCCCACCACAACACCUGCCAAACGCGCAUCCUCGUCCGUAGUAGACCCGCGCGCACCCAAGCGCUCAUAA